GAAACUUAACGACGCUGCUUUCUUUGAAUAAAUAUCAUCGGAAUCAAUCAAUCAUGUUGUUCAUUCUACUUUCAUGGGUUGCUGAAUUUAUGACUCACUUCCCCCACAAAUACUGCAGCUUCAUGUGCCACGCCAACUUCCCAAGCUUCCCUCCAACGAGGUCUUUCUUUUAGGGCUUUUUACAAACACACAAACGCCAAGUGUUCUCUUCUGGGACUUGGAGGUGAUGGAGCAGUCUAUUAGCGUGUUUUGCUGAUUGAUUGGUGGGUAAAGUACUAAAGUUCGAGUCUUUUCGAAUUUUCUUCACGUUUUGGCGUUUCAGAAUUUGCUGUAACAAACGGUCUAAGCACGAAUUACUGGUAGUUUUCUGUGUUUCUGUUCUGAUAUAUAUAGAUAUAUUCAUGUGCAGAGUUGUUUUUUGGUGGGAUUUGGAGUUUUAGUUCAUCUGAGUUUUCAGGUUGGGUUGGAUUUAAUUCUUGAUUAAAUUUCACAGCUUGGCUGCUAGGAGGUUGUUAGUAAAGGGUUUUGACUUUUGAGUUUCUGCUGUGGUGAGUUUUGAUUGUUCCAUGGUUCAUUAGAUUAACUAUGCAUAGUAACAGUAACGGUAGAAUGUCAAUAAAUUUAAAAGAAGAUGGUGUUGAGACCGAUAAGGUGAAGAAGAUCAACGGUCAGAUUCAUGUAGCUGACAUAUUGGUUCAAGAUGAAGAAGAUAAGUUAUUUGGUAAAUGUAUCAAUGGGGUGGAUGAGCAAAGUCCACUAAAUUGGGUUAGUAAAUCUGCUGAUGAACAGUUUGACGACAGUUUUUGGGAUGAAUUUGAUGAUAAAACAAGUUCGUUGGACACUAAGUCUUCUGAUGAGCAGUCUGAUGCAUGCUCCUCCACUCCUGAAGCACAUUAUGAUAGAGCAAAUUCAUUGCCAUUUUCAUCGAGUAUAAAUAUUUUCCCAUCACCAGAUUUGAGUUUGAGCACACCACCUCAAGCCGGAGGAGGUUUGCGACAUUGUGUCACAGCGCCUGUGUCCAGAAAUAGAAGUUUCAUCCUUGACGAAGAGGAAAUUGAAUUUUCAAGAUCUAUGUUUGAGAAAAGGAACAAACCAAGGCAUGAUCUAAGAUUGGAUAGACUUUCUGAGCAUGAUAAGCAAAAGCUCAUUGUAGAGUUAGUAAGGAUCCAGAAUGAUGGGACAGUGGAGGUUGAUCUAACUAAAAAUGCACCUGUAGCUUCUGAGUUGUUGGAGCUUCAAACAGUUGAAGACUCACUUCCAAAUGUUGAUCGUAUUGUCACUGACUUUAAUAAGUCAGUUCCUAAACUGCAAAUUGCCAUGCUUGUAGUGGGAACAAGAGGAGAUGUUCAACCAUUCCUAGCUAUGGCCAAGAAACUUCAGGAGUUUGGUCAUCGUGUUAGGCUUGCAACUCAUAUCAACUUCCGCGAUUUUGUGAAAUCAGCAGGCGUAGAAUUCUAUCCUUUGGGUGGUGACCCCCGGGUUUUAUCAGAAUAUAUGGCCAGGAACAAAGGUCUCGUUCCAUCAGCACCUGGAGAGAUUUCAGUUCAAAGAAAACAGUUAAAGGCCAUUAUCCAGUCACUUCUUCCAGCUUGUACAGAACCAGAUAUAGAAACGGGACAGCCUUUCAGGGUUCAAGCAAUUAUUGCAAAUCCUCCUGCAUAUGGACACGCACAUGUUGCUGAAGCUCUUGAAGUACCUAUCCACAUCUUCUUCACUAUGCCCUGGACGCCAACAUCUGAAUUUCCUCAUCCAUUGGCUCGUGUACCUCAGAGUGCUGGAUACUGGCUUUCUUAUAUACUAGUGGACUUGCUGAUAUGGUGGGGUAUAAGAAGUUACAUCAAUGACUUCCGGAAAAAGAAGCUGAAUCUUCCUCCAAUUGCGUAUUUCAGUACAUACCAUGGAUCAAUAUCUCACCUACCUACUGGCUAUAUAUGGAGCCCACAUGUUGUGCCAAAGCCACGAGAUUGGGGCCCUCUCGUUGAUGUUGUUGGUUAUUGUUUUUUAAACCUUGGAUCAAAUUACCAGCCUCCUGAUGCAUUUGCUCAGUGGAUCCAAAGUGGACCAAAGCCUAUUUAUAUAGGUUUUGGAAGCAUGCCUCUUGGAGAUUCCAAGAAAACUACAGAAAUAAUUUUGGAAGCACUUAAAAGUACUGGACAAAGAGGAAUUAUUGACCGUGGUUGGGGAGGUCUUGGUAAUUGCCCCGGUAUUCCUGAAACUGUUUACCUUAUUUCGGAUUGCCCUCACGAUUGGCUCUUUCCUCAAUGCUCAGCUGUGAUUCAUCAUGGUGGUGCUGGAACCACAGCUACGGGAUUACGAGCUGGUUGCCCAACGACUAUAGUACCAUUCUUCGGUGAUCAAUAUUUCUGGGGGGACAGAGUUCAUGAAAAAGGGCUAGGACCACCUCCAAUUCCGAUAUCACAGCUCAGCAUUGAAAACCUUUCCGACGCCAUAAAGUUUAUGCUACAGCCAGAGGUGAAAUCCCAAGCAAUGGAACUAGCAACAUUCAUAGAAAACGAAGACGGAGUUACAGGUGCAGUCGAUGCCUUUCACCGCCAUUUGCCUCCAGAACUACCGCUGCCAACUUCAACUUCUGAGGAAGACGAUGAUGAUCGGCCGCCUUUUUUGCAGUGGCUGUUUAUACGGAUCGGAAAGAUAUGCUCUCUGCCUUGUGAAUCGCAAGUCUUAGGUACAAGGAACACACCAUAGCAUUUUGUGUAGGUUUUUAUAUUUUAUUUAUUAAUUUAUUUAUUGUUUGCCUGUGUUUUUAGUAUAGCAUUCGUUUUAUAUCCAUAAUAAUAAUGAUAUUAGUUCGUGUUCAUAUGGGGCUUGUAAUUGAGUAUAUAUAGUCCAUCACACCAUGCACGCAGGAAAGAAGAAAAUAGAGCCAUUUCUCGUAUGUGUUUUGAUACUCCAAUAUUGUCUAAACGCUACAUAUCGUGUAAUGGACAAGUGAUUAUAUUGAGAAUGUAUGUAAACGGUUUGGCUUGAAGUACAA